CCCCUGCCUUCUGCACCCUUCCGCUGGCCCGCCAAGCCCAUGGGCACACGCCGUGCAUGCAGACGACAAUAGGACGUGCCUUAGUUACAGAGGAAAAAUAAGUAAUACUUGAGCGGUGCGGCGGCAGUGCGGGGGAAUGGUGCGGGCCAUGCUGGGAGGAGCGGCAGCCAGCCAGCAGCCAGCAGCAGCCACACGCAGACCGUAGUGGCGGAGCGGCGCCGGUGGUGUUUGGACGUGUUAUCAGCAGGCGAGGUGAACACUAUGGGGCUUCUGUCUGAGGGCACGCCGCUGACCUGGCCGCAGACCAAGCAGUAUGCGGACCACGUGAGGGAGCACGGCAUCCGCCAAUUCAUCAACCAGUACCACCAGCUGAAAGGCCGCCAAGGAGACUGCCUCAAGUGGGGAGACGAGAUCGAGUACAUGAUCAUUAAGCUGGACCACAAGAACCGCCGUGCUCAACUCUCUCUCCGAAGCUCCGAACUCCUGGAAGUGUUGCGUGAAGCAGAGGAGACAAACCCUAAGGAAGUGCGGUCUCUGUGGCACCCUGAAUAUGCGGAAUACACCUUGGAGGGCACGCCUGGACAGCCUUACGGGUCCCUGGUGCAGCACUUCAACAUCGUGGAGCACAACAUGAGUUUCAGACGUAGCGAGGUACAGAGCCUCCUGCAACCAGACGAGGUUAUCCUGACCCUCACCAACUUCCCCAGGUUGGGCUGCCCAGACUUCACAUUCCCCCCAACCCAGGCAGACCCCACCAGCGGGGCAUCACGCUCCCUCUUCUUCCCCGAGGCCGCCAUCACACAGAGCCACCCGCGCUUCAAAACACUCACACGCAACAUUCGGGAGAGACGGAAAGAAAAGAUUGCCAUAAAUGUCCCCAUUUUUGUGGACCUCAAGACCCCAAGGCCAUUCGUGGAGGACUUGUCAAAGUAUGGCGAUGACGGCAGCUCGGCCGCAGCAGCCAAGGAGGACCACAUCUACCUGGACGCCAUGGGAUUUGGCAUGGGCUGCUGCUGCCUCCAGAUGACCUUCCAGGCUUGCAACAUCAAUGAGGCGCGUGUCCUGUAUGAUCACCUCACGCCCCUCUGCCCCAUCAUGCUGGCCCUGACGGCUGCCUCGCCACUGUACCGUGGCUACCUGGCUGAUGUGGACUGUCGGUGGGAUGUAAUCGCCGCCUCGGUGGACUGCCGCACCCGGGAGGAGAAGGGUCUGGAGCCGCUCAGAAAUGACAGAUUUGUGAUUCCCAAGUCCCGCUAUGGGUCUGUGGACUGCUACCUGUCCAAGUGUGGGGCCAGGUACAACGACAUUCCUCUGGUGUACGACAAGAAGAUUGAACAGAAGCUGCUGGACAGCAAGGUGGAUGAGCAGAUGGCCCUGCACAUCUCGCACCUCUUCAUCAGGGACUCCAUCUCUCUCUUCUCUGAAAGAAUCCACCAGGAUGAUGUUAGGGAGAUGGACCACUUCGAGAACAUCCAGAGUACAAACUGGCAGAGCAUGAGGUUCAAGGUUCCUCCAAUCAACAGCAACAUUGGCUGGCGGGUUGAGUUCAGACCAUGCGAGGUUCAGCUGACUGAUUUUGAGAACGCAGCCUUUGGUGUGUUCAUUGUGCUGCUGACCCGAGCCAUACUUACCUUCAAGCUGAACAUGUUAAUCCCAAUCUCAAAGGUUGAUGAAAACAUGCAGAACUGCCAGAAACGCAAUGCAGUGCUGGACCAGAAGCUGUGGUUCAGGCGGGACGUGUUCUCCAGGGACUGUGACAAGGGCGACGACACCAGCCAGAUGACUGUCAGUGAGAUCAUCAACGGGAAGGGGGACGAGUUUGUGGGCCUGAUUCCCCUGGUGCGUCAGUAUCUUGGAGCUCUGGACAUGGACGCCGACACCGCCUGCACUAUCGGCCAGUAUUUAAAUUUCAUUAGUGCACGGGCGGCAGGCACAGCAAUGACUACUGCUGCCUGGAUCAGGAACUAUGUCACUUCACACCCUGAGUAUAAGCAAGACUCUGUGGUGAGUGAGGGCAUCAACUAUGACCUGAUUGUGGCGUGCAGCGAGAUCACUCAGGGCAAGCGGGAGUGUCAGGAGCUGCUGGGCGGCAUCCCCAAGACCAAGACGUCGGAGGACAUUCCCAAGGCCAUGAAGAAGAUCAUCCAGAUGACCUGCAUGGCGCCGCGCAACGCCGAGUGAAGGGUGGCACGGCGCGGCACAACACUGACGGGGUGUGGGGGGGCAAGCGGCCACCACGGGGUCUACUCACUGUUACCUAAGCAGCAGCAGCAGCACUGCACCACUAGGCGUGGCGGCGCCACGUUGCACCUGAGAGGCAUUAUGAGGGGAGCUACUUGGGCAAGGGACCACAGAUUAUUUGAGCUGGCAGACCACCACCACUGCUCUGCAGCACUGUAUUCAUUUCCUCUGAGCUGCACAGCAUUUUCUGGUUUGACUUAUAGGAGAGACUUUUUGAAGUUCACUGUCUGUUCACUGAUUUUUUUAAUCAUCACCAUCACAGAAUGUAAGAGUGGUGUGAACCGACAUACAGGAUCUUGCCUAAAUUUUCCAGUGCAAAACUUUGCAAUUUUCAAUCACACUGUUGACGUGACUUCAUACUUUGUGCAGCAGAACUGUAAGGUGAUAGAUAGAGAUUUGCACAGCAUGGGAAACCUUUGCUAUUAUAAUUCAUUAUGGGACUUUUCAAUGCAUAUUCUUCAAGUUUUGAACACUUGUGGUGUGACAACUGGCACAGUUGUUGACAAGCCGACCUGCUCCUGCCUCGGUCUUGAGCUCGAUGAUCUCAGAGGUGACGGCGACCUUAAUUACACUUAUUUGUUUGGCACUUGUUACGUUUUUAUGAAAAAUAAACAUGGUAUUGAGAUGAGAAUUAUUUGAAGCUGUCUUUUGAGUUGGAAAAAUUAUCUUUGUGGCUGUCUUUGGGGAGGAGGCCCUCAGCAGGCAUACACUGAAUGUUGAAGACAACCACGUCCAUCCAACAAGUAUUUAAAACAUGUUCAAGAAGGUACCUUGGUGUCACAGCAAAGAGAUUCCUGCACAGAAGGCACUGAGUGCCGGGCAGCAGCACAGCCAGGAUGGCACCAGCGAGGGGAGACAUGCCGGGCAGUGGUGCUGCAUCACUGUUGCUAGCGAGAGCUGAGCCAGGGCAGGAAUGGGUGCCAGGACAAGACCUGUGCCACCACAAGACUUAGGUGUCAGUGAUAGUAAGCCAUGGAGGAAGUAGAUGAGGGGGCCUAGGAGUGGUUGAUGGGAGACCUGUAGUGUGUUGUCCUGCGUGGCACAGGGGACCUUCAACAUUUCAAUACCACACUUAGCAGUAAGGUUUGCACUGACAGAUGUAACCUAGGGACUUGUUAUGAGUGUGGCACCAUGCAGUGUGUCUUGCACUGACUCUGAGGGGUCCCAGAUGAGUCAGCCGUGUCAGGAUGCCCCACACAAACACUGCCGGGCUGGUGAUGGUGGGGCAUCCUGCUCCUCGCGUCCCUUCGCUUUUUGAGCCUGGAGAACUGGCCAAGACACCAGCAUGAGUGCCAUCACUGUAGUGCAGCAGCUGCCACACUUGGAGACAAAUUCAAAUACCUAUUUGCAUAAUUCUUGCCUCUGCUCAGAGUACAGAUUUAUAAGACCAAAUUUUGUAAGUGGCAUAAUAUUUGGGAUCGGCAGGAAUCUUUGCCUUGGCGAGUAUGGCAGUAACCUUGUUUGUUGUGCAGAAGAGCCUGUAUCUGAUUCUGCUUCAAUAAUCUCCCAAGAAUAUUUACAUAUGAAAAGUUAAUCUUUGAGGUAGUUACCUCCAUCAUCUACUAGGAAUAGUGUCUACUAUUAUUCACUAACUGGUGACAUACAGUAACAAGCAUGUAUGUAAAACUAGCAUUACUCAGGAAUCUUAGUAUUGUACUAGUAGAAAUUUAAAACAACAAGAACAAGCAAGCAUGGUUUAAAUUGUAAUCAGUGAGGAACCCUCGGCCUGUUGUGCCGGACACGUUUUGCUCACACACUUUGUCCCUGAGGCAAGAAAUGGUGGACUAAAUUAUAAGUUACUUGUUAGCUGUUGUUAAACAACAGUUCAAUUGCUUUAAGCAGCAACAUAGCGUUAUCAACCUUCCUGCUUCCUCACGGAGUCGCGGCAGCAACAGUCACGUCUGGGCGGCUCACUUGCUGCAGGCCACCGCCACGUGGCUCACCACGGCUGCCAUCCCUCAGUCUGGUCUUGCAUGAAUAAAAUUGCCCCUCAAUUAUAAACUAAGGAAAUCUGCCCUAAUGUGACCGUCUGCUGCCUCUUGGUGCACUCCCGGGUUCUGAGUGUGCCCCGUCCCUCGGGAGUGACGGGAAGCAAGGGGUUCUGUGCAAUGUGAUAGGAUGAAUUGGAAGCAGAUUGAUGAGAAGUACAAAACAAAAUGUGAGCUGGAAGUGAUGGUGAUGCAGUCUUGUUAAGGUGACCAUGUAGGGAUGGGAAGCACUACGUCUGUAUCACGGCCAAGUGUUUGUGCAAAAAAACAAAUGUAUGACUUUUCUAAUUGUAGUACUACAGUGUACCUCUAUCCAUUGGUGGUGUCAAGGGGAAGACUUCCUGAAGGACCGAUAGACCAGCCAGGCACAGAGUCCUGUUGACAGCACGGCGCUGGACCUGUGGUAAUGGAGACCAAUGAGGACAAACACUCUGCAGCAGGCUGUGCUCUACUGGGUGUCUUGUGUCUGAUGAGUCUUCUGCUUUUACCAAUCCAUAUUUAAUACAAUCCAUAUUUAAUAUAUCAGAACAAUAUACUGAGCAUGUCAACACCU